AUGGCGCAAGAGAAUGUAGUCCCAGGGAGCCUCUACAUCUACGCUCCGAACAAAUGGGCACCAAUUAUUUUUACUUUUGGCUUUACCAUCUCUGGCCUUUUCCAUCUAUGGCAAUGCCAUCGAUACAAAUGCUUCAAGUUGAUGUGGUUGCAUAUCGCCUGCUGUAUCAUGUUUACCAUCGGCUUUGCAACACGCGAAUACGGCGCGUUUAAUUACAUGGACAGCGAUGCCAAUCUCGCCGUCUAUAUCGUUAGCACUUGCAUGAUCUACAUGGCUCCCCCUAUCCUCGAACUAGCCAAUUACCAUAUCCUCGGACACGUACUAUACUAUAUCCCCUAUCACUCCCCGAUGCAUCCUGGCCGCGUCUUCACUACCUUCGGUAUGCUAUCCACCAUUGUGGAAGUCAUGAACGCCCUGGGCGUAUCCAACCUAGCCAAUCAUAAACUGCCAGAAUCCCGUCGAAAGACAGGGGAAAUACUCAUGAAAGCAUCGUUGAUCGUCCAGGUAGGUGUUCUACUGCUUUUCUGCGUCCUGGCUGCUAUAUUCCAACGCCGUUGCGUUAGAGAUGGAAUUUGGACAAGACGCGUGUCAGUCCCGCUUUGGACGCUGUAUAUCAGUACCUUUUUGAUCUUGAUUCGCUGUGUUUAUCGCAUCGUGGAACAUUUCGGGUUCUCGUCGCUUGGGCCUGAGAGCUUGAAGGAUGGUGAGGAGAUCAGUUAUAUUCUGCGUUAUGAGUGGUUUUCUAUGUUUUGA